AUGAAGCCGUUGUUUCAAGUAUUAUGAGAAGUAACACCGAAACCAGCAGUGUGACUGGCGAAAUUACAAUUCAUUUGAGACUCGUGAGGGCAACGCUAAUGAGUAAGGUUCAAAGGUUGAGAGAGGAAGGUCAUCGGACUGGAAUGAAUGGCAAUAAAAGCAUGAACCCGACAAUUCACUGAGUGUUCCAUCUUGGACCUGCAGCUCUCUGUCAUCAACAUGAAGCUGUCUCUUCUCGUCUUGGGCGCCAUCGUCCUGCUGGUUCAAGGGACCGCUCAAAAGGAUAAACGUGGACCAAAAGUUCAAGGGACCGCUCAAAAGGAUAAACGUGGACCAAAAGUAAAUCCUGUUACAAGAACAACAGCAGCAACCACAGUUUUGAACAAACCUGCGCCUGUAGCUACAACACCAGAUCGCAAAAGGCCAACACCUGCAAAAGCUGCUGCCCGUCAAAUGACAGUCACCCCGGCUACCAUUAGAGGCACAGAAACCAAAACGAGAAAAAAGGGGAAAAAAAGUUUUUCUGAGUUAUUACAAUUACUUGAGAAAAAUACUAAAACUACUCCGAAGCGCUUAACUGGGAAACCUGGAAAAUGGCAAGCUCGCUUUUUUGUCACAAAAUCAUUAAUCAGUGACACAAUACUGAUCAACAAGUGUGUACUAGCAGUUACCGACAAUAACAAACUGUCAAGUGAAGAUUGUAUUGGGCUUUCUCGUUAAAAUAAACUUGGAAAGGACCUUUACACUUUUCUCCUCUUGUAUAUUGUCAUAAUAUACUAAAACCUUUAUGCAACCUUCCUCAUCUUCAUCACCUUUUGUGCUUUGUUUGUUCACCAUGGACAACUAGAUAAGAAAUUAAAAGGAAGAACGGACCCCUAGCAAGAUAGUCUUUGGUCAUGUACUGUACAUUGUUUGUUCAUAUCAGGCUGCAGGUAUUGUUACCUGUAAUACUAUCCUGUGUAAAUAGCAAUUAAAGGUGU